AUGUGGUACUCAUGUCAUCUCGUUUUUUCGUUAAUCCUUUCGUUCAUUGGCAAUCCAGUUGUAGGUUCAUUCUUCAACCAGUUGACGUUUUGUCCAAAUGCAACGUGGAACCCAAAUGGUAUUACAUUCGCCAACAAUAUCAACGACUUAUUUGGUCUAUUUGUUGACAUCAACAAUAUUAUCUAUGCCACUUCACAACGUUCCAAUACAAUCUACAUAUGGUCUGGAAAUAGCAGUAAUCUUAUUCACACGUUAUCUGGCAAUUUAAAUAGUCCAGGCGCUGUAUUUGUCGCAAACAAUGGUGAUAUAUAUGUUGACAAUGGUAAGAACAGUCAACUUCUGAAAUGGACGUCAAACGGAUCACAGAGUGAACUCGUCACAAAUAUCAGUGCGCAAACUCUUGGAAUUUUCAUUGAUCUCAAUGACACUUUAUAUAUAUCCUAUGAUGAUCUGCAUGAAGUAGUGAAAAUGUCAUUAAGCAAUGGAUCGAGCCCAUUGGAAACUGUUGCUGGAAAUAGUACUGCUGGCUCGGACGCGUAUUCGCUUAGUCAUCCAAACGGAAUUUUCGUUGAUUCCGAAUUUUCGCUGUAUGUGGCCGAUGCUUUCAAUAAUAGAAUUCAAAAAUUUGCAGUCGGACAAAGAAAUGGAACAACCGUAGCUGGGAAUGGAACAUCUGGAAGUUUCCAGCUUACUAUGCCAACAGGAGUCUUUAUCGAUGGGGGUGGUUAUUUAUUUAUUGUAGAUACAUCGAAUAAUCGUAUUAUUGGUUCGGGACUUUAUGGUUUUCGAUGUAUUGUUGGAUGUUCUACUCCGGUGGCAGGUUCGCUGUCCAAUCAACUGAAUGCACCACGAACGCUUGGUUUUGAUAGUUAUGGAAAUAUUUUCGUUUCUGAUCGCUCUAAUCAACAGAUUCAAAAAUUUAUCUUAAUGACUAAUUCUUGUGCCAUAGAAACCACUACAACACAAGGAGUACCUGUUAAACAAACUACAAUCACAACUGGAUUACUUCAAUCUUCACCGUUAUCAUCAAUAUCAUACAAUCUAAGUACAGUUUCAUUAUCAGUCAUUAAUCAGAGUAACUCCGGUUGUUUUCCACCUAUCGUGACAUUGAUUCCAAAUGUUUCAACAUUGCUAUCGCCAUUACAGUUUCAAUACAGCAAAGAUAUUUAUAUCAGUUCGAAUAUCCAACCCAGUUGUAAUCAAUCUUUAGCCAUACAAACACAAUGGACUGUGUUCAAUUGUUCCCGUAACUGUUCAUCUUUAGUUCAAAUCAAUCCAACCAUUGUCACAACUCACAGUGAUCUCUUUAUUCCUGCUAAAAGUUUACCCAACGAAAUUUAUGAAUUUAAGUUGACUGUCACUCUAGUUUCUUCAUCCAGUUUAAUUGGAUUGAGUUCUGCUUAUAUUCAAAUCAUUCCAACAGGCAUCACAGUUAAUCUUUUUCAAUUUGGAACGUCAUCGAUUACAUUCGGUUAUGCUACAGAUCUACUCCUGGAUCCCGGAGCAAAUUCAAUCGAUCCUGAUGAAAACAUAUUCAAUGCUUCCAACUGGAUGUAUGAAUACUAUUGUCGCACACUGGAUUCUGAAAGUUUCCCAAGUAUAAAUGGUUCAUUACUGACAAUCGAUGAUCCUCGAAGUCUUGUAUUCAAUUCAUCGUGUUUCUUCAAUAGAUCAAAUAUUGGAGUUGUUUCAUUUCCUUCAUCAUCGCUACGAAUUCUCUCAAGAUCGCUUCGUCCUAAUCAAACAUAUCAAUUCAUGGUGAAAAUGCUAUCCAUUUACAAUACUUCUUCAUCAGCCAUUGGUUAUUUACUUGUUCAAACUGUUGAUUACAACACUCAAAUCGUCGCUGUUGGCUGUGUAAUAUCAACAAUGUGCGCGUCAAACCUGGAAUUUCAACUAAUCAAUCCUACAACACAAGUGGCUUUGUUUUCUCUUUGCAUUGACAAUUGUCAAACAAGUGUUAAUAUCACAUGGAAUAUCUAUUAUAGUCUGACUAAUAGAUCAUCGAAUCUUAUUUCAUGGAUUAGAUGGAAUCAGACGAAUGCCUAUGAAAAUAUUUGGCUGUUUGGUAUGAAUACAAGUAAUUUCACUGUGGCAAAAGAAAUCUUUUUCGUCAAUCCUCAAAUUAUUUAUUGGAGAUUUGAAGUUAUUUAUUCAUCGUUGAAUGGAAUAGGUGUGAGUGCUUUGAAUUUUCUCAUCAACGCACCACCUCGAAAUGGAUCUUGUUCUAUUAAUCCUCUUAAUGGUACAACAAUGACUCUAUUUACAAUAACAUGUUCCAACUGGCUCGAUGAGAAUAGCAUCAACGAUUAUUCGCUCUAUAGUUACAACCAAAAUGAAUCCAACGCCAAUCUUGUCGCUUUCAGUUCUGUACCUAUGUUUCAAGUUCGAUUACCAGCCGGAAGCAACACUACAUCGAGAUUGAAUCUGUUUGUGAAGAUUCAAGACACAUUGAACAGUUAUACUGAUUUCAAUCUCACAUCAGUUCUCAUCGUUCAAGAUACGACAAUCUUGAGUGAUCUCAUAGAUAGUUUUCGAAAUAGGACAAACAUAUCCACAAAUCAUCUCUUCUCUCAGCUACUUUCGACCGGAGAUCAGAAUACUGUCGAACAAAUUAUCACUAUACUUUCACAAGAAUUAAACCAAAUCAAUAACGAACAACUGCAGAAUGCUGUUACUAAAGAUAUACCUGUUGCCAGUGUUUUUGUUUCGCCACUCGGAGAAUCCAGUUUUUCGAGCAAUUAUGUGUUACCGAAUGCAUCAACAAUGCUCUAUUUCAAUAAACAAAUGAACACAUAUGCUACCAUUCGAGAAUAUCUCAUGACUACUCUCACAAAUCUUCCGAUUAUACCUACUACAAAGGGAAUUACAUUGCAAGCAUCAACCAUAGCUCAACUAACUCAAUCAACUAAUCAGCUUACACGACUGCUUUCGACAAACGCCUCAGCAAAAUGUCAUCAACUAGCACAGAAACUGUACUUAAUAAUGAACAAGAUCUCCUACGAAGACACUCAAGCAGCAGUUCAAUCAAUUGCUACAUGUGUUUCUAAUGUUAUGACUGCGAUUAAUGGACCAUUGCAACAACGAAUAACGACUCUUGAUUUAGAUUUCUCUCGUGCGAAUGAAUUUCCUUACGAUUAUGAUACAGAUGUUGAAUUUAAAUGGUCUGAUCUGAAAUUCUUUGCUGACGGAAAUGAUUAUUCGUGGCAAACAAUACAGAAUGGCCGAAAUUUCUACUAUCAAAAACAAACGGCUAAUCAAAUCGACGCUCAGUCAACGGAAACUCUCUCAUUACUCACAAAAAUCUUACAAACUCACAUAAACAUCGGUCAAAAUUGUACAAUAAACACUUCAGCAUUAUUUCUCUCACUGGAAACCAUAUCAGUUGCUUCGCUCUCGAAUAAACUCGUUCAAUUAACAGAAAACGCACAAGUUCACCUUCCAUCAUCACUUGCCAAUAUCAAUUCUACAACAAUUUCUAUUCGAUCAUUAAUACAACCAUUAGCCAUUGCUGAUCAAUCAAAUACAAAUCUUUCUCGAUCUCUUUCCUUUUCAAUAUUUGAUCGGAAUGGAAAUGAAUUGACAAUUCAAACCAAUCAAUCUAUUAAAUUAAUCAUUCCUCGAGAUAAAAACUUUGUUCUUCCACCGAUGAGUUUACAAAAUGUUACAGCAAUCAAUUCUACUGCUCGACAUCUUCUAUUUAACUGGCACUACAUUAAUCUAAAUCAAUUUAAACCAAAUCUGUCUGUAUCACUUCAUCUUGAAAUGGAACCUUUAAAUACAAGUCUAGCUUAUUUCUUGGCCUACAAAUUUGAUAGUUCGAGCAAUACAAUUGCAGGUUGGACACUCUUUUGUCCAUACAAUCUGACAAAUGAUAGUUAUUACAUUUAUUUUCUUGACAAUCAACAGACAGCUAACCAUCAAUCAGUGAUAUUUGGUUUACGAGAAAUGAAUUCUUUCGAACUAAUUACAUUUUGUUCGAAUCGAUCAAACAACACUCUGCCCGUACCAACAGAUCCAUUUGUAUUCUCUUCCAACUAUAAUCUUCGUACUUAUGUUUCUGGUUGUUAUUAUCUUGAUUCCAAAAAUAACUGGCAAUCAGAUGGAUUGAUAGUGGGAUCACGAACAAAUCAUAAUGAAACUGAAUGUUAUUCGAAUCAUCUCACAACAUUUGCAGGUGGUUUUCUUGUUUUACCUGCGCCAAUCAAUUGGGAUUAUAGCUUUUCCAAUACGGAUUUUCUUCGAAAUAAAACUGUCUAUGUUGCAAUUGUUUAUGUCUUCACUAUUUAUAUCAUAUUGCUGAUCUAUGUACGUUAUGAAGACAACAAAGAUAUGCAAAAACUACCAUUGAUGAUGGUGAUUGAUAAUCAGAAAGAUACAAUAUUAAAAUUGAAAGUACAAUUUAUGAUGUUGGGAAAGAAGAAUGAGACAGAAAUUCGUUCAUUUAUUCAAUCACAUCCCAAAAUCUUCGAACAUUCUGGUGUUGAUUCAUUUCUGAUCGUUGUUUCCAGAUCAUUUUGUUCAUUGAACUGUAUUUAUAUCUGGCAUGACAAUAGUGAAAUAGAAACAUUCAAUUUCAUUUUUGAACAAUGGAUAGCUGUUGCAGAAGACAAUGAACGAAUCAAACAGAUUUCGAAAGUGGCAAAUGAAGACCAAGCACAACAGUUUUCUCACCUUCGAACUAUACAAAAGCAUCACUAUUUGGCUGAAGGAUAUCCUCGAUUUUCGAUUAUUUUGCAUUCGCCGUCGAAGGAAUUCACACGAGUUCAACGUUGUAGUUUUUGCUUAACUUUACGUUUCGUGUUGGCGUCAUUGAAUGCUCUCUACCAUGAUCAAAUGGAACAGAUAAACACAAAAAAGAAGACGGACAGUCUCGGUACACUCUGCGAUUCUCUCGAUAUUAGUUCAGAACAGAUUAGUAUCCAUGUCAUGAUUCAGUUGAUGUUGUUCUUUCGGCGCGUGCGAACAUCGCGAAAUACAAAUGAAUCAUUGAUUGCUGAAUUCUUUUCAUCGAUAUUUCUCAUUUAA